GCAUCAGCGAUGAUUCACCGCUAAGCAACCCUGGAGAAGAGCGGCGCAGGGCAGGCGGAGCGGAGUUCUGCUCCUUAUCGAGGGGAAUAUGCUGUCUCUGUGCCUGUUCUGGGCCUUUGUCACCCACAGCUCAGGGCUGCUGUCUCACGUGCAGCACUACGAAGUGGUUCGACCUCAGAGACGUCAGGAAAGACGGAUCAGGAGCCUACAGAACAAGCAGCUUUAUCCUGACACAGUUCAGUAUGACCUGGUCAUUGAAGGGAGAAACCAUGCUGUUCAUUUGGAAAAGAACAGGAAUCUUAUCAGUAAAAGCUACACUGAAACGUACUAUUUAGAGGAUGGAAAAAGAGUGACAUCACAACCGAAUGAGGACCACUGCUUCUACCACGGACAUGUUCAAGGUGAAGCCGACUCUUCGGUCAGCGUGGGAAUCUGUUCAGGCAUCAGCGGCUUUCUGAGAGUCCAGCAGCAGGUUUACCUAAUAGAGCCUCUGGGACGGACUGCGGAUGGAGAACAUGCCGUCUACAGACGGGAGCACCUGAAAAUCCCCGGCCAGUCUGACAGUAGUUCCUCUUCGAACACGACCCUGACGUUUGAUUUGGAUCAGAACCAGGAGCCGCGCCCUCAGCCAGAGGGCCUCUUUAAGUCCAGAUCAUGGAAAACAAAAUCAGCACCAGGUCCUCAGAAAUUUGUCGAGUUGUUUGUGGUGGUGGACAACACUGAGUACAAACGGUACGGAAAAGACACCAGGUCUCGCAUUCUUGGCGUGGUGAAUCACAUCGACCAGCUGUACCGCUCUGUGAACAUCCGCAUCAUGCUGGUGGGCUUGGAGAUCUGGUCCUACAGAGAUUACAUCGACGUGCUGGGAAACACGGACGAUACUCUGGAUAACUUCCUGGUGUGGCGCCAGGCCGACCUUUUGCCGAGAGCAAAGCACGAUAACGCCCAGCUGGUGACCGGCAAAGACUUUGAUGGAGACACGGUGGGACUGGCCAAUAAGUUUGCCAUGUGCACUUUAAACUCGGGAGCAGUCAACCAGGACCACCACGAGAACCCGCUAGGUCUUGCUUCCACCAUCGCUCAUGAGAUGGGACAUAACUUCGGGCUUUCCCAUGAUACAGCAGGGUGUGUCUGUGGUCCAGCUUACAGCAGAAACAACUGUUUGAUGACUGAAAAACUCAAUUCAGGGGGCCAGGCUUUUCCAGACUUUUUCAGCGACUGCAGCAUCCAGCAGCUCGCUCAGUUCAUGAAGCGAGCGCAGCCAGACUGCCUGCACUUUCCAGGCCCCAUCAGUACCAUCGCUGUGGGCCCCCUCUGCGGAAAUGGUCUGCUGGACCCCGGAGAGGAGUGUGACUGUGGCACAGCUGAGGAAUGUAGCAACCCUUGCUGUGAUGCCUCAACGUGUCGCCUGACUGAGGGAUCCCAGUGUGCUCAUGGAGAAUGCUGCCACCGCUGUCAGCUGAAAGCAUCUGACAGCAUGUGCAGGAGUUCUGCCGGCGAUUGUGACCUGCCUGAAUACUGCAGCGGCGUCUCAGCGGAUUGUCCCGAGGACAGCUUCGAGAUGAACGGGAAACCCUGCUACAACCCUAAGCUGGGUCACUGCUACAACGGCCAGUGUCCCACAAGAGCGCAGCACUGCUGGAGGCUGUUUGGAGAAGGAGCCAAAGAAGGCCCAGAUGUGUGUUUUAACCUAAAUAAACAGGGAGAUGAAGGUGCUAACUGUGGGAGGGAAGGACAGGGCUUCAUUCGCUGCUCACCUCAGAAUCUGAAAUGUGGGUCUAUGUUUUGUGUCGGAGGGAAGGAGUCAAUCACAGGUAAACACGCAGUUUUUAAUGUGUUUGGUGUCGAGUGUAGGCUGGUCCUGGAGGUCGAUAACACCAGAAACCUGAACAUGGUGCCGAAUGGAACCACAUGUGGACAAGAUAAGGUUUGCCUUGGAAACAGAUGUGUGGAUGUUUCAGUUUUUGGGAAAAGAGAUGAAUGUGCAAAGAAAUGCAACAACAAAGGGGUGUGUAACCACAAGAAUGAAUGCCACUGUAAUCCUGGAUGGGCUCCUCCAUACUGCAACAUCAAAUAUGCAGACAUAGUUAAAGGUCAGACCAUGAUGGUAGCUGGCGUGUGUGCUGCUGUCUCCACGCUCCUGGUGAUCAUGUCAGUGAUCGUAGGACUGGUCUGCUGUAAGAAGAACGACAUGAGGAACGUCUACAUGUAUAAAAUGAAAAAGCGGCCUUCUCCUGGUGAGAAGAACCCCAUGUUCCAGGAAAAGGGCGUCAGAGAAAGACCUCAGAUCAGCCAGCCCACUCUGACAGAGUCCACUUCCACUCAGGCCUGCAGUCCUCUGUUUGUUACUGUGACGCCUAGCAGACCUGCUUCACUGCCUCAACCUAAACCUUCAUCAUCCUCCACCUCUGAAACUGAGCCAACCAAACCUUUACCUCCAGCCAAACCUUUGUCUCCUCCAAGUAAACCAAAGAACCAUGGAACCAAACCAGGUCCUCCACCUAAACCUCCAGUCAAACCCCCUCCUCCGGUUGCCAGAUUCAAGCCUCCUCCUCUUCCGGCAGCGAAGCCUCGACUCAUCAGACCUGUAUGACAUCCUGGUUCAUCUCAGAUGAUUUAAAAUCAAAGAUCCGCUCCGGCUGGAAAACAUAAAGCUUAAAAAGCUUUAUUAAAAUCGGACAAACAGCUGCUCUGCAGCAGGGAGAUUUUUUUUAUUUUGUUUUUUAUAUAAAAAGUAUUCUUUUUCUACACUUUUUACGCAUCGGAUGCUGAGCUGCACUGACUUUUCUGUAUUUAUUUCACAUUAAGUGUUACUGAAAGAAACAAGACGACUUUUAUUUUUUUGUGCUUCCUUUUUAAAAGAAAUCAGACUUUUUUUCAUUUUUUUGAUGACCUCAUGUUUGUAAUUUAUGUUUUAACACCUCGGAGAGGCUCCUGGGCUCUGCUGACUCUCCGAUCGGAAUGUAAUGCUCUAUAAUUAUAACCUGCAUUAAGUAUCGAAUCCCUCCAAAUGACUCGAAGACCUCAGGGCAGAUGGGUCACGUUGUUAAAUCGCUGCUCAUUUUCUGUCCUAUGUUUUCUGCUCAUACUCCAGUCAUUGCUGUUUUUUGGGCCGUUCCAAGGCUAAAGGGGUGUUCACUUCCCCUUUGGUGAGCUCUGGGUCUCCUCAUGUUGUGCAUUCCCUGAUAAACUCGAAAGAGGCAUUCAGAAAAAAUCCUGAUCAGAACCUGAACCUCCUAUCAUUAGUCCUUCAAAAUGCAAAGAAGAUACAACCUUCCCCCUGACUAAUGGAGCUCCUGGCCUAAUUAUAAGGUCUUCAUCUUGGAUCCUGCUCUUGUAACCCUUUCCAGAUGAAGCAACAGUCCGUCCAUCCAUCUCCCACUUCCUCCUUAAUCCAACGUCUGAUAAAAGUCCAGAGUAAAAGUUUCCCAGCUAGGCUGAGAGUUGGAACACAUGUUCUCUGCCAAACCCAUAAAGAAGAACCAGACCUUACAUGUUUCCUUUGGAAUAAACAGCUGAAGCAGCAGCGUCUGUGAGAGAGGCUGUUUUGUAACAUGAUGUUAGAUAAGCUGCAUACGUUCUGCAUCAGUAAUAUUUCAUGUCUAUCGACAGGAAUGCUGCUUUAAAAAAAAAGAAAAACUAAAACCUCCUUUCAAUCAGAAAAUCUUCACCUUUUAAUAUGUGAUCAUUUCAUUUUGACUGUUUAUCUUUCUGGGUAGAAAAAAAAAGCAUUUCUAUCAUCACAGUUAAAAAAAUCUGUCUGCACUGGAUGUAAACUCUGGAAGUUUGCAAUCAACACCCUGAAUGUUUUCUUUGCUUUUGAAUCGAAGCGAAUUAAACAUAUUUUGCAUAUUCUUUUAUUUGAGCAUGCAUAAAUAGUAGAAAUAUUGGAGGCCUUACAUUUUGUAUCACUGUUUGUAUUUAACUCAUAUGGUGUCUCAAUAGUGGGAUAAAAACUAAACAAA